AGUGUAACAAAGUUUUCCUUCCUAUACCAGUAAGAUCCAGCUAUUAUUCAGGAGAGGAAAUCCAGCCAACAUCAGCCACCUACCAAAGCCUGGCCAUUUUUACAUUCCUCUCCUGCUUUGUUUGCUCGGUUGGAAUAACAGUGGAUCCAUAAAUAAAUUAGCACUGUGGACUUGAAUAACAGAAACAUUCAAAAACUACAAAAAUCUCAGCAUACCUUGAAUAGAAUGAUUGAAUCUGUUUGGAUAAAACCACACCUUCUGGAACAGCCCUGAAGAGUUCGUUAUUGAGGGUCGCAACAUUUUCAAGAAGAAAACUCUCUUAAAUCAAGCUCUGCACCAUGACUGAGGCUGCAGCAGAAGAUUUGUUCAACGUGCCGGCACCAGUCAUUGACCAUGAGAAUGAAACCACGUUACAGCCUGAGCGAACAGCAAACAAGAGCCCGCGCUCCAUCUUCAGCUCCCCCUGGCCAUGGCUUCUGCUCCUCUCCCUCGUCUUCCUCGGGUCAUCAGUCGCCAUCACGUUCGACCUCAUCAACUACAGAGGCCUGACUGGAGAAUUGUGUGACAUGUAUUUUGAUCCCAUGGAAAUGGUCAGCGAGGCAGUGGAUGAAUUUUCCAACUUGACGAGACAGUCCUUAACCUCCUUAUACAGCAUUCUCCUAGAAGAAGAUUUAGCCCCCAAACGACAUUCAGUAAGAAAGAAAGGAGAAUUUCUGCCACCAAAAGAGAAAGGUGAUGAUCUUUAUAUCGCCGACGAUGUCCAUGACAUUCAAGAUAAAGAUACUGGUGACCAUGAUGAUGAUGAAGUUCACGACAUUGGCCUUGCUUUUGGUAAUGCUGAAGAUCUUGAAAUUGAGCAACGAGAAGAUGGCCAUUUUGGUGAUGAUAAUGCACAUGACAUUUAUGAAGAAUAUGAUGGUCAUGUGGAUAAUGUUGGUACUCAAAAUACUGAUCCUGAAGAUGAUGGCUGUGCUGCUGAUGAUCAUACUGCUCAUACAAUGAAUCAAGGCCAAGAUGACCAUGGUUCUGAUCGUGCAGAUAGUCGUGACAAUGAUGGUGAUGCCCAGGGCACUACAUGUGAAGAUGAUGGUGCUACCCAUGGGGAUCGUUCUGAAGAUGGGGAUAGUCCUGAUUAUGGUGAUAAUAUCCAUGACAUUGAACACAAAGAAGGUGGCAGUAAACUUGGUCAUAAUCAGGCUCCAGACAUUAGCUACACUGCUAAUCUCGAUGUCCAUGUUACUGAUGAAGAAGACGAAGGCGUCGUUGAUGAUGGUCAUCACGUUCAUCAAAAGAUCAAAGAUGACGACGAUGAAAAGAAAAAGGUGGCAGUAGAUGCCGGAAGUGAUCAAAAUAUAGAAGAUGCUGAAGAUGAUACCAAAGACGAUGAGGAUAUGGACAGAGACAGAGAAGGAGAGGAUGCAACAGAGAUGGGUACUGUGACUGUGACUGUGACUGUGACUGGCCAUGAUGCAACCGAUAGAGAUGAUAACAAUAUUACACCCGAGAAAAAUUUGGAAUAUAAAACUACCAAGAUUGAGGUUCUGCCUACUGCUGAAGACCAGUCUGAAGAAAUAAAAGCUGCAGAGAACGUUGAGAAAAAUGAUGAGGAAGACCAAAAAACAGGUAUUCAGGUAUUCCUUUAAGAAAGUUCUGCCCAA